AUGGGUCCCCUGCUACAAGAGGCGCACUUCGCCUGCUUCGACGACGUCGACGACAACCUCUCGUCAGGCGAGUCGUCGCUGCCGACAUUUGUGAUCCCCAGUCCAUUUGCGUGCUCCCAGCCGCUCAGAAGCGCCACAGCUCAUGCUUCGAAAUGCCACGCUUCCGGCAGUUUCUUUUUCCAAAAUGAAAGUUUACGUGAUCGCUUUGUGUGCUGGCGAGUGGUAAAAAACGUGCUUCUACUGCGCGAAUGGAGUUUACACACGACGUUAACUCAAAAUGGCAUCCGGCUGGAAUUUCCUGCACCGAUCGUUGCUUCUGGAGUGUUUGCAGGUGAAAGAUGGAAAGGCGAAUUAACUGAAGGCGACGACACAGUGACGAUCAAUGUCGUGACUCACGCCGCUACGAUCCACCGGUUCACUUACUCCAUGCCGAGUAGUCAAAAGCUUAGCAUCUUUUCAGAAUCUGACGUGAAUGCAUUGCCGGAACCAAAACCAGCUACUUACAGUCGCUGCGACAUGUUGCAGAGUUUAAACUGCAACGAAACGCUGACUGCUGCAUUCUGGGUGAACGAGUACACUGUUGUAUUAGGCACGGAUGCCGGUCACGUGGUGGGUGUGAAUUUUGGCUUGUUUGGUGAGUCGAACGAAUUGCGAGAAUUUGUAUUCUCCGACCGGUCCAUGGUAAGUUGGCUCUGGCAGAGACUCGUUCAAUCUGCCGCAAUCAAGUUAACAGGGAGCGUUGAAGAUCGUGCGAAGCAGAAAAUUGGAGCGGCGAUACUAGCUGUGACGUGUUUUCAGAUCGAUGAGGACGACGACAAUACUGACGAAGACAUUUGUGUAGUUACCAUAUCAGCUGACGGAGUGCUUAAAGCAUGGAGUUUCAGCGCGCAGUCGUGCAUAGGGCGCCAACAGCUUCGAACAUUAAUGACAACGGAAUCGGACGGUUGUGCUGGGGAGAUUGAAGAACGAGGCUGGAACGACGAGGACAUGAUCAGUAAUGACGGAGAUCGCAGCAGCAGCACUGGCACCUAUGCUACCCAUGCUAAGGUGAUAGCUCUGUCUCCCACAGAAUCAGACAACUGCAGGUUGCUGGUUCAUCUGGACAUUUCAGCUGCCCACUCACCGGAGAUUUACUUGCUGCGAGGUGAUGUACAGUUUGCUACUGUGUCACAUGGGGGGCCUUGUGGCGGUGAGCUUGCGCUGAGCAUAGCAAGAAUUUUUGCUGUUAAGCCUCCAGAGCAAAAGAUGAAGCGAGGACUGAAGAUGGUAGAUUUUGCAGUGGACAAAGAUUUGCUGAUUUCGUCAUGGCGUUCGCUGGAAGGAGAUGAAGUUUAUAUUCAUCCAAACCCAAUGGCGCUUACUGGUCCAAAACGCGUUUUGGGUCAGCUUGUGAGUAGCCUUGAUGUGCAGAUGCAAAAGUACGAGGUGGAGGAUAGUGACUGGCCAUUUGAUGUAAAUGGGGAAGACGCUGUGACCCAAAUUGAUGAUUUCUUUGUUGAGCGAGUACUACUGCCUGGGCGUUUUUCUCGACAAAAUCUGUUGAACGCUAUCGAGGAGGUAAAAAAUGGUGCACUUGACAGUUCCAGCUUCCAUUUCCCGUUCGAUCGCUGUUUGCGAAAACAUAAGGACGUGCUAAUUCAUCUUGUAUCGAGCCGAUGCACGGAGUCGGCUGGCGCCGCCGUUAUUUGCAAUCGAUUGGCGCCUAAUAUGCAGCGUAUCAUGAUCUGGAAGGAGCUUAUUGCGCUGUGCUCGAAGUAUUGGCGGGGCGCAAAUACGCCUAUUGGUUUUGCUACGACAACCAACGCGCUUCUUCCUGGUGCGCCUGUGAUGCUGCGCCGCAACCGUGUCUCACUUCUGUUUCCGUCUGCGCCACUACUUACUGCUGCAUUUACCAUGCAAGUGGACCAAGUUUCGACGCGUAAGGAUUGUGUGGCCGCUCUCGUGUCUGAAGUCCUCCCGAUUUUUGAUGCGUUUCCCAGCCAAAAGUUUCAGUCAUUUAUACAGCGCGAGGUUACUGAUGUAGCCGUUGAUCAAAAAGUGGAAUCCGCUGUGGCUUUAGCACGCCACUGCGUUAGCCUCGGUCUGGAGUCGAAUAUGCCCGCUAUUGCUGGCCGAACUGUCAGUGCUGAUCUUGCUCUCACCCGUGCGAUUCUGCGUUUUAGCAAGUUACUUGGUAGUGACGGUGUCUUUCACAACCAAGUUUUUCGUGACCUGGUUGAGCACUACUUACCGCCCGGGCUGCGGCAUGAUCUUGGGGCUCACAAAACGUCGCCGUCGAAGCGUGAAAAGAACCUCGUAAUUGACAAUGAUACGAACGUGGUUACUCACAAGAUAAGGUCUACCGCGGCAAACGCAGCUAUCCCGAAUAACGACCACUCGACCAUGCGCCAACCUUUAUUUGCUGGUCAUGAAGUGUGCUAUGCUUUCGGCCAAGUGGUAUCGCACGCAAUCGACGAGAUGUGCACUCAGACACUUCGUGUUGUACUUUUACUUGCGUACCUUGUGGAUAGUCGACCUGCGUUUUUGGGUGCUGCAACAAUAAGCAAGAUCGUACAGCUUUAUUUGCCUCAAUCAAUUACAGUCUAUCAGCGGUGGCGGCUAAGCCAGUGGGUUGUGAGCCAAGGUUUCACACAGUCAGGUGUCGAUAUAGAGUUUGCAUCACCUGCUGCGAUCACGCCGCCACUGCUGCAAAUGUUUCUUCUGGACAUUAAUGGAAGAUUAAACGGAUCGGACGAUUUCAAGCGGGUACUAUCGGUGUUGCAGCUUGCUAGUGCAAGCAACUACGUGCGUAGCGAAGUCGUGCAUGACGUACUGAUGGCGUUUGCACGCGACAUCCUACAGUGUGUUUCACCCUCAAACGACACCCUGAUGCGUUUUCUACAGAAGCACCAGCAAUUUCGACUUUUGCGUGCAACCUUGUGCGGCAAUCUCAGUGACAUCAGCAUGCACGGCUCAUGGAAGGGGAUUGUUGUCAGCACUCAGCACGGCAACGAGGUGCACAACUGUGUGCGCUCGAUCGGAGAGUGCCUAGCAUUUGAAGGCCGAGAAGCUGCAGCUCGCUUUGGCGAUACUAUUAAUGCGCGUAAUCACGCUCGUUCGUGCUUCCAACAAGCUAUUCGCUGCUAUAGCAUCUGCCUGACAGAUCUUUUGCAGGAUCGAAAUGACUGCUUAUCACUGUCAGGAAAGGCUUUGGAGCAAUUUAUUUACGAGGUGGUAGGGUUAUUGAAGGAGACGGUGCCCCGGGGAUCUAUCGACCUACUGCUGAGUUUCCUCUGGAAUGUGGUUUCGGAGGCCCUAAGCUACUUGGCCCAGUUCGACGGUUGUGAGCCGAGUUUUGCAGUGCAAUCCUUCAUCUGGGUAAAUGUGUUCAAGUAUUCUGUAGAGGUUCAACUUUUUCGUGACGCGCAUCUUGCGCUCAUGCACACGGCAGAACUGUCGGCGGCUUGGGAUUGCUCGAAGAGUGCGGGGGACACUGAUGACAUUGCUAGUGAAUGUAUGAAUUACCUUGUGAAGGAACUGUUUCGCUACGGUCACUUUGGCCUCAUCUGCGAAUUGCACUGGGGGUCACUGCAGCCGCAGGUAGAAACGUAUAUUCUAUGGCAAGCGGGGAACGCUGCCAUUGUCCAAGGCGAUAGCUCAAAUGCAAGCACCACCCGCUAUUACGAUUUGCUCUUCGCGUUUUAUAUGCGCAACCAGGGACUUGCAAGUGCCGCGUCUGCGUUGUAUGCUUUUGCGUUGCGUUUUCAGCUGACGCUAUCGACAUCUAAAGCUGCAUUUGAGGCACAGCGCAAUGCGUUGAACGCGGCCUGCAACGCCCUGCAAGCGCUUCCCCCUGAGAACCGCUGGUUUGUGCAUAAGCUGCACACCAAGCGGCCCAAGUGUUCUUCGUUGAAAACACCUGAGCACGCCAAGGUGGUGCCAUCUACGCGUGUGGUUACGCUCGAGGAUAUGAAAUGUGAUUUGUCUGUACUAGAUGGCAAGCUACAAUUGCUUACACUUGGCUGUUCGGAAGGCAUGUUGCUGAGCACGAUGGAUGGAGAUGAGGUGAUUGCUUUGCUGGUUGAUGCUGCCAACACUAGCUGCCACAAAACACGAAGUACAACUCAGGCUGAGCGUCGGAGGGCUGGAUUACACUGUUUCGAGAUCGCAGCUGACAUUGCGGGUAGGAGUCCGGUGGCUACAAUGUCGAGUUUGACGAAAUCGUUGGCUCGGUACUGCGUUAACUGCGAGCACCCGUCGAUCUCGCGGUGUGACAGAGACUUCUCAUGGGAACUUCUUGAGAUGUUUCUGGUGGAUGCAGGAUCACUAGAGCAAUACGAGGUUGCUGCAGAGACUGUUCUUGAGUUUUGGCUGCAAGAGGGGCGCAAGCUUGUGCUCCCUGUAUGGCUGAAGCAGCGGUUGUCGAGUCCAAGUUUGGGAAAUCCCGUCCUGCUGCUAGGAUUGUAUUUGAAACAUGGCCUGCUGCUAGAAGGUCUGGAGCUGGUCGAGAGUCUACUGCUUGACAUCACCACCACGGACAGGGAGACUAAGCAACUCAUGUUCAGCACUCACUCGCAGGUAAAGUCGAGCGCUCUCCCGUUCGAGCUUCCAUGGAUUCCGUACAAUCUCGUCGAUGUGCUUCUGGAUUCGACAGCAGCCGUGCUGAGCCAAGGCGUGAGCGAAGACGUCUCGCAUACUGAUGUGGCAAGAUUGCGCGAACACGAUCAUAGGCUCCGUCAGCAGCUGUCUCAACACUUUCACUCGAUCAACGCGCUGCAGCAAGCACAAAAAGCUAAAAGCCUCGCGCGUAGUUGCAGUGCUUUAGACACGUAG